AUGAAUGAAAAUAAUAAAGAAAUUUUUAUUACAACAUUACCAAAUGACACACAAGUCGCCACAUCAUUUACUUUAAAUGAUGAUGAUGAUGAUGAUGAUGAUAUGGAUAUUGAUGUUCAAUCAUCAAAUGAUUCAGAUGAUGCAUCAAUAAGAAAUGAUAAAAUUUCAAAUAAAAGAGAAGAUCAAGAUACAUCAUCACUUUCAAUACCAAAUAUGGAAAGUACUGAUGGUAUUGAAAACACUACACCCAUGAAUGAAUCAUCAUCAUCAAUUAUUGAUGAUCAAACACAAAUAACUAUUCCAAAAGCAGUUUAUAAUUAUGCUGCAAUAGUUCGACAAACAUUGAAAACUCCUCGUCAAAGUAAACUAGAUCAUGAUGUUGCAACUGUAUUUGGAUCGCGUGAUCCACCACCAGGCUUUGGUUUUCUACAACCUCAAUUUUAUUAUCUUGAACAAACUCGUCCUGUUCCAUUAGAACCUCUUCGAGUUUGGCGAGGUUAUAACGGACACGUUUAUUUUUCACCAAUUCACGUACGUCAAUUUGAAAAUCAACAUUUUAUUCCAUCAAUAGAUUCUCUAAAAUCAACCGAAAUUCAAAGUGUUCCAUUAAUAAGAAAAACAGAAACUGAACGACCAAAUACAAUUUUAUCCGAAUAUAAAUUUAAAAAGCCUAUUAUACACAUAAAUCAUUAUAUCACAGAAAGAAAUUAUAACGAACGUUCACUAAUAAAGAAAACAUCACAAGUAGGAAUAAAUUCAAAUGCCAAAUCAAUAAUAAGUAGUAACGAAUUAAGAUAUCCUCCAUCAGUGACAUUUAGUGAUAAAGAAGAUAACAAACAAGAAUCAAUUCAAAUGUGGCAAUCAGUUGUUACUUGUGCACCCAUUCAAACAAAACCAAUUUCAAAACGAAGUCGACAUGUUAUGGAAGAUUUACAAGCUUUACAACAAGAACAAACAUUACAAGAUCCGACAGGUUAUAAUCGACAAGUAUUACCAAAUAUUCGACCUGUUCCAAAAUCAAAAUUUGUUUAUAAAGGUUUAGCAUAUAAAGAAAGUCAAAGAUUACCAGGCAUUGGAAAUGGUAAUGAUAAUGAUGGUAAUGCAUUACAAAAGCCAUUAAUUUCUUAUAAUCUUGCUCAAGCUUAUGCUCGAUAUGAAAUAAAUGCUGCACGAGCAAAACAAGGUAUUCGACAACCACCUCCAACUGCAGCAACUGCUGCUAUAUUAAAAGAUCAACAAUCUCCAUUACAAACAUCAUUUGAUUUACGUGAAAUGAGAAAACGUAUUGUAAGAGGUACAACACUUGCUUAUCGACCUCCACCACAAUCAGUUGCAUGGACACCAGGUCGAGCUGAACAUAGAUCAACAUUAGGUUCAGAGGUACUUGUACCUGUACGAAGUUUAAACACAUUAAAUAAUGCACCAUUAUCACCUACUGUAUUUCGUCGUCCAUCAACAUCAAAAUCGUCUAUUCCACAAAAACAAACAACUGUUGUUGAAAUGCCAAUAUUAACGAAAAAUAUCAGUCAACCACGAAGUACUUCACGUUUUACGACUGCAUCAGAAAUGCUAGCUGCUACAUCAUAA